UCAGGAAAAUGUAACACCGUUAAUUGAAGUUGAAUAAAUGCUCCUUCUAUGGACUAUUGUUUCCAUGUGUACAAGGUUCGUGUAUAUUUUAGAUUUGAAAGUCAUGAGAAGAUUUAUUUGGACAGCUGUUGUACUUGCUUGUAUGGUCUGUUGUGAUGUCAUUUGUACAACUGUCAACGACUGGCAUUUCUCAGGACCAAAUAUUGCCCUACAUAAAAGCGCUACCCAGAAACCAGGAACAUACAAAGAUAACAGACUAGGAUACAGCUAUCCAGCAAGUCUGGCUGUUGAUGGAAAUGAUGAUAACGACUUCGCUCAUAAAAGUUGCAGCCUGACAACUGGCACUCUAAUCCAUGAACCGUCACAGCAUAUCGCACAAUGGUUGGUUGAACUUGGUGGCAACUUUUCUAUCACUGGUAUCAUCGUUGUGAAUAGAAAAGAUUUAAAGGUUCGUCUGAAAGAUUUUGUUGUUUUUGGAUAUAGCAAAACCUUUUGCUCAAAUACAGAUGAUUGGUGUCAAAUAUACAAUGAUACUAAUUUGAAUAUGUACAUGAGAGACGAGAUUUACAUACUAGACGAUUCAAAGCAGGCGUAUUCAAAAAUAGCUAUAAAUUUACCCAAACAUUCUGGAGAUCCGGACAAUGGAUUCUCAUAUUUAACAUUAUGUGAAGUAAAGAUAUAUGCAGCUCAACAGCCAGGCUGCAGAAUUAAAGGACAGUUUGGUAAGAGCGACAUUUACAACAACACAGGUACAAUAGUUAAUGGAUUAUAUACAGCUGGAACAGUCAUUCAAACCUCGUGCGAAGAGGGCUUUCUGAUAAGUGGGUCAGCAUUUAGUAAAUGUUUAUCCAGUGGAAAUUGGACAACAAACACUGCGAAGUGCAUUGUUUCAGAGGAAUCCGUAUCUGAAGGUGAAAGAAAGGCGUUAGUAAUUGGGUGUUUCUUCGUAGCUGCUGUUCUCAUAAUAAUAGUCACGUCAGCUCUAGCUAUCAUCUUAUGUUGCAGGAAACGACGCCGACAACGAAAUGAAAGAGAAUCAAACCUGUACACAGACCUUUCAUGUGAAAGAAGAACAUUAGAGAGCGAAUAUUCUAACACUUACGAAUUACAACUUCCAAAUGGUUUAAAUUCAGCAGGAAGAGCAUCAAGCCACGAGGCUGAAUCAUGCAGUGCUGCGGAAAAAGAAGGACCGUUUUAUUGUAAUAUUACGCUCAAAUAA